AUGACUGACUCAGAAUCAGAUUUGAAUUCGACAUCCUCGAGUAUUCAUUCAGACUCAGACUUGGCAGAUGAGAGCAAUCGUGACCAGCCUGUUGCUCCACCAAGUGAAGGCGCUUCCAUGGAGCAUUACCAAGAGUAUAUUCAAUACCUUCAGCUUCAGCAUGGCAAGCUUCAGCAGUGCAAUGCAAUGCUGAAUGAGAACAACAAUGUCCUCAAUGCACAACAACUGAAAUGUUCUCGCAAGCACCCUCCUAAAGUGUCAUCCUCCAAUACGAUAUCUUCAGCAUCCCAACUGUCAUCUGCAGGCCCAUCUACAGCAAGCACUUCAUCUAAGAAUAGUGACACCGAGAAGCUCAUUCUCAGUGCAGCAAAGAAGUAUUCAAUAACUACUGAAAUGUUCCUUCCCGACAAGGUCAUUUUUCAAACCAAUUGUCCUGACCCUCCAGCUGAAAUCUCGAACCCAAAUCAUUAUGCUAAGAAGUCGAUGGAGAAGGACACACUUGUAACCGAGCUCUACGCAUCCAUUGAUUUUGUGUUGCACCCUCGCAUGCAAACAAAUGCCUUUUAUAACCAGUUCAGAACCGGAAUGCAGCAAGCUCGGUCAUCGUUCAUCAAUGGGCUACGUUCCGUGGCAGGUAGUAUAUUCAACAUGCUGAAUGAGUAUUUCAUGUCAAAAUUCGACCGUAACUCUGUCCCGCAAGUCACACAAUUGAUCAGAUGGGAAACAGGCAAGGGGAAGGCAUAUGAUGUUUUCAAGGCGCCAAUCCUCUAUCCUGACCAUGUCGUCAAUGAGAAGAGAGUAUUUAAAGAUUGGUUGGUGUUUGCCAAGGUUAUCAAGGUUGUGGUCUGCGGCAGAAUGUCAUUAUUUCCAAAGGCACGCAGUGGCCCACCUCCCUACACCAAGAUAUGGCAGCUCACCAGCUGUACUCCUGGCCUAAUUGCCUUCGGCAUCACAUCUAUGAUCUUUGUCCUGUCUCCUGAUCAAGAAUUCUCGGGAGAUGGUGUUGGAGCCAUAUCUUCGAUCCUAUACCACUCAGUCUUCUGA